AUGGCUGACUCUAACCUGGCCAAGAUGAAAGGUCAGGAACUAUCCAAGGAGGAGAAGCUGCGCUUGCGAAAGGAGAAGAAGCAUCAGAAGAAGAACAAGGAGAGGGCGGCGGUGGCAGCGGAGGCCAGGGACGUUGUGCAGGACGCCGCUGUACAGAAAACUGAGGUACAGCCACCCAUCACAGCACCGGCCCCUCCAGUACCAACAACUGCUGCCAGCCCAAUGCCUGAGGUACCACCUGCAGGAAGAAGUAAGGCUGAGAUGAGGGCGGAGAGGAGAGCCAAGCAAGAGGCCGAACGGGCACAGAAACAGAGUAAGAAGACGGAGCCGGGUGUGGGGCCUGCCCCAAGCAAACCCAAGAGCCAGCCUACAGACAUCCAGACAGUAAAACGCCUCCCAGAUCACGUCCAGGUCGAUGAUCCAGCAGCCCAGAAGAAGCUGGCAAAGAAGUUGGAGAGACAGCAAAAGACAAGUGUUGGGAGAGCCACAGCCCACCGUGGGCUGGAGGUUCCUCUGCGACAAGAUUAUGGGACAAAAGUCAGCUUGUUCUCUCAUCUCCAUCAGUACAGUCGGAAAUUGCCUCUCACCCAGCAGCUAAGCAUCCCGUCCUCAGUGAUACACCCGGCUGUGGUGAGGCUCGGCCUUCAGUACUCACAGGGUAUUAUCAGUGGCUCCAACGCCAGAUGUAUCGCAUUACUGCACUGCUUCAAACAGGUGAUCCGAGACUACAGCACUCCACCCAAUGAGGAGCUCUCACGUGACCUGGUCAACAAACUGAAGCCUUACAUUAGUUUCCUGACUCAGUGUCGCCCCCUGUCAGCCAGUAUGGGAAAUGCCAUAAAAUACAUCAAGAAAGAGAUCUCAAAUAUGGGUCGGCAGAUGGGAGAGGAGGAGGCAAAGGAAGAGUUGUAUCAAUGCAUAGACAAUUACAUCCAUGAGAAAAUCCGGCUGGCAGCCCAGGCCAUUUCCAAAUCUGCGGCAGAGAAGAUCAGCCAGGGUGACGUCAUCCUGGUGUAUGGCUGCUCAUCACUGGUGACCUUCACGCUCUGUGAGGCCCACAACAGCGGGAAGAGGUUCCGGGUCGUUGUGGCAGAUAGCCGGCCACGGCUGGAGGGGAGAGAGACGCUGAGACGAUUGGUGAACUGUGGCAUCCAUUGUACAUACAUCAUGAUCACUGCCAUCUCUUACAUCCUACCAGAGGUGUCCAAGGUGUUUCUGGGGGCACAUGCUCUGCUGGCCAAUGGCUACGUCAUGUCACGGGUCGGGACCUCUCAGAUCGCAUUGAUUGCCAAAGCCUACAAUGUGCCAGUGCUGGUGUGCUGCGAGACCUACAAAUUCUGCGAGAAAGUGCAGACGGACUCCUUCGUCUCCAAUGAACUGGAUGACCCAGAUGACCUGGUGGUGACACGCAAGGGGCAGACUCCAUUGAAGGAGUGGGACAAGAACUCCUCACUGCGGCUGCUGAACUUGGUGUACGACGUGACACCUCCUGACCUUGUGGACCUGGUGAUUACAGAUCUAGGAAUGAUCCCCUGCACAUCUGUUCCUGUGGUCCUGAGAGUGAAGAGUGGAGAGCAGUGA